AUGGAAAUGCAGUCAAUGUCCGCUUCUUCAAGUCGUAUUUUAUACGAUGUUCCUUGUGCUGUAUGUCGUGAUCAUUCUUCGGGAAAACACUAUGGUGUAUUUGCUUGCGACGGCUGCGCAGGCUUUUUCAAGAGAUCUGUACGAAGAGAUCGUCGCUAUGCAUGCAAAGCGAGGAACCCCGGUGCUUGUUUAGUAGACAAGGCACAUCGCAAUCAAUGCCGAGCCUGUCGUUUGGCUAAAUGUCUUGAUGUAGGAAUGAAUAAAGACGCGGUUCAGCAUGAAAGGGGUCCAAGAAAUUCUACCCUACGUCGACAAAUGGCAUUAUUCUUAAAAGACCCAGCUAUUCCAUCUCAAGAUAUGUCACUAACGGUGCCCCCCGUUUUAGAUUUAGCUUUGCCCAAACAUAAUUUAAUGCCACCUCCUCCGUCUGUGUCUCUUUUUCAUAAUCCAUACCAUUCUUACAGUAGACUCAAUUUUUUACCUCUAACGUCGUGUCAACCUCAAGUGCCAUCGCCUCCUCCUAUCACUGCGUCUCUUCUCAGUCCAAACGACCCUGAAGCCAUGUGCGAGGCUGCAGCCAGAUUGUUAUUUAUGAACGUAAAAUGGGCAAAAAACGUCCCAGCUUUCGCAUCUUUAUCACUUUCUGAUAGGCUUCUUUUGUUAGAAGAAUCGUGGCGAGAUCUUUUUGUAAUAGGUUCAGCGCAAUUUCUUUAUCCCCUUGAUUUAAAAAUUCUACUCAAUGCUAAAAAUUUGAGAAUAGAUUGUAAAGAUAUAGAAGAAUUUCAUACGGCUCUAGCUGAAUUUGCAAAAAUCCGACCAGACAGCAACGAAUAUGCAUGCCUCCGAGCAAUUGUAUUGUUCAAAACUAGUUUUGGAGACAAAAACAAUUUGACUAAUACUGAAAUAAAAAAAUUACAAGAUCUCCCUGCUGUCGCUGCUUUGCAGGAUCAUUCACAAGGAAUUCUUAAUGAGUAUACGGCUCGUAUGUAUCCUCUGGAUGUUACGCGCUUGAGUCAGUUGCUCCAGGUGCUCUCAGUUGUCAGAAGAGUUUCCAGCAGUACUAUUGUGGAGCUCUUUUUUAGGGCUACUAUUGGUGAUAUACCUAUUGAAAGGAUUAUAAGUGAUAUGUAUAGAAGUGGAAAAGAUUCUUCAUAA